UAACCACGCCGGCUUGUAAAACAGCUCCAGGACAGUGAACCUUUGGAGUUUGAUAUGAUGUGAUUACAGAAUCACCCCAGUGACACGUUGCCAAAUUCAGCAGAAUGAGGGUCUGAGUCUUCCGGGAGGUGAUCUCUGAAAUUGCUCAGUGAGCACCCCUAAUUUUGCUGAUUUAUUGCUGAUAAUCACUCACAAUGGAAACCAAUCAAAAAUGUGGGGAUGGACUGACUGGCACGCAGAAAGAGGCUGCGCUGCGCACUCUGAUCCAGCGCACAGGAUAUCACAUACACCAGGAAAAUGGCCAGAGGAGAUAUGGUGGUCCACCUCCUGGCUGGGAAGGCCCACCUCCAGAGAGAGGCAGUGAGAUUUUUGUGGGAAAGCUUCCUCGAGACCUCUUUGAGGAUGAACUGGUACCACUCUGUGAAAAAUUUGGCAAAAUUUACGAAGUACGGAUGAUGAUGGACUUCAAUGGCAACAAUCGAGGCUAUGCAUUUGUUACCUUCUCCACAAAACAAGAGGCUAAGAAUGCCAUGAAACAGCUCAACAACUAUGAAAUCCGGAAUGGAAGACUUCUGGGUGUCUGUGCAAGUGUAGACAACUGUCGUCUAUUUGUGGGCGGCAUUCCAAAGACCAAAAAGAGAGAGGAGAUCCUGGCAGAGAUGAAGAAGGUGACAGAUGGCGUCAUGGAUGUCAUCGUUUAUCCAAGUGCUGCUGACAAAACCAAAAACCGAGGUUUUGCAUUUGUGGAGUAUGAAAGUCAUAGAGCUGCCGCCAUGGCCAGGAGGAAACUGCUGCCAGGCAGAAUUCAACUGUGGGGUCAUCCCAUUGCAGUCGACUGGGCUGAACCUGAAGUAGAGGUAGACGAGGACACCAUGGCCACAGUGAAGAUCCUCUAUGUUCGCAAUCUUAUGUUACCCACAACAGAGGAGACCAUCGAGAAAGAAUUUAACAGCAUCAAACCUGGUGCUGUUGAAAGGGUGAAGAAGAUCAGAGAUUAUGCCUUUGUUCAUUUCACUCAAAGAGAAGAUGCCAUCAGCGCCAUGAACGCACUGAAUGGAAAGGUCAUUGACGGUUCUCCCAUUGAGGUCACGUUAGCCAAGCCUGUGGAUAAGGACAGCUAUGUACGGUACACCCGAGGCACAGGGGGUCGUGGCGGUACUCUGCUCCAAGGAGACUAUGCUUACACUGUGGGCCAAAUGUACGACCCCUCAGCUGCCUACCUAGGAGCACCAAUAUUCUACGCCCCCCAUGCAUACACAACCAUCCCAAAUCAAUUCCGCUUCCCCAGUACCAAAGGGCACAUAAGUACCAGGGGGCUGGUGCGCUCACCCUCUGUGAGAGAAAUUUACAUGAAUGUACCUGUAGGGGCUGCGGGCGUACGUGGCUUGGGUGGGCGAGGAUACCUCGCCUAUGCAGGCGUGGGUCGGGGCUGUGCCACAUACCAACUCAAGACAGACAAACGCCCUGAAGACAAACUGUAUGAUCUUCUUCCUGGCAUGGAGCUUACACCCAUGAACCCAGUCACUCUGAAGCCCCAAGGCAUCAAACACGCCCCACAGAUCUUGGAGGAUAUUUGCCAAAAGAAUAACUGGGGGCAACCUGUUUACCAGCUUCACUCUGCUAUUGGACCAGAUCAGAGGCAACUGUUCCUUUACAAAGUCACCAUCCCUGCUCUGGCUACUCAAUAUCCAAAUAUACACCCGUUCACCCCCGCCAAGCUCUGUGCGUCAAUGGAUGAGGCGAAGCUGCAUGCGGCAGAACACACUCUGCAGAUCCUUGGUGUUCAGACAGAGGGCGCUGACGCUUCCGCUGCUGCCGCCGUCGCUGCUGCAUUCCCAGGUUAUACAAUUGCCAGCACCACUGCUACCCAGCUGAAACAGGCUGUUUCUUUGGGUCAGGACCUGACUGCCUAUGCAACCUAUGAGGGUUACCCGGCCUUUGCUGUGGCAGCCCGUGGGGAUGGAUAUGGAGUGUUUUAAUACCCCUAACUAACAGUCUCAGUCAUUUUUGUGUUAAUCUGUUCUAUGUAUUCUUUCGUGUUUAUAUGUUUAGUAGUGAUUGUUCAGAGUUAUGAUAACUUUAUUUCUUCCCAAGUGUUUUAUGAGCAUUUUUGUGAUAUUGAAGAAUAUGAGUCAACUUUUGACUUAGCUCAGGAAGAGGGCAACCUGGGGCUGGUUGCAUAAACCACUAAGACUAGUCUUACAAGUUAGACAUAACAUUUUUGUCUUUAAGGCUGUUCAUAACUUUUUUAAAAUCAGUUACAUAAAAAUAUAGAUUGGCCUAAUUUGAUACCAAAAAAUAAGACUGACUGCCUCUUGACUAAGACACUCUCUUGACAUAAUGGCUAUGUUUAUGCAUCUGGCCCCUGAAGGCUGUCCACAACUCAAUCCCAAAUGUUUUUUUUUUUUUUUAAAUGUCAAUUUUUAUGUUUUAUGAUUUAUUGCUGUUUGUCAAGGCAUAAAUUGCCUUGAUUGAAACAUUACUUGUGUAAUAAUUUGUGGUCAUCCAGAAUGGUGAACCAAUCAAAUCUAUGAUUUUACUAGCUUUUAAAUUAUCUUAAUUACUGAAAUUUAGGCUGGACCCUUAUUCAAUGCUGCCUUUGAACGAUUGCCUUUAACACUGAAUAAUUACAGUUGAAUAUAGGUAAUUUUGAAACACACAGUAAAACCCUCUUGUGCUAUGGACUUUUAUCCAGACAUUUACUUAAAUAAUCUCUGGUAUUAAGUUGUAUUUAAAGUAGUUUGUUUUUGUGUUGGUUUUCUUUCAGUAUUUACAUUAACACCCAAGUACAGCGUUUUAACAGAUCAUAUGCUUUCAUAAGCUUUUGUAUGUAUCUGCAUGUUUUGGCUUAUUUUCGAUAUGGGUGACACUUUGUAUCUGGUUCUUUAUUAGUAGUUUUGCUAUAUUUUAUAAGAUAUUUACAGGCUUGCUACUAAAAUUUCCCACUUCAUUCUUUUUGUAAGUGGGGAAUAUGAGAGCAUUGUUUAAAUAGUGUGAAUUCAGGGUGACUGGGACACUUUUUGCCAUUGAGAUGACUUGGAAAAAAUUGUCCCAAUCAACUGAAUUCCCCCUACACAUGGACACAUUUUUGUUAAAUAUAAAGAUGCCUUAAAGGUGACAGUAUUAAAGUUUGUGUAGCACUUAGAACUUAUUUUUAUACCUGAAUUCCAUCUCUGUUUAUAUGAACUUUGUUUUUCGAUCAUAGACUGUUUGAAAUAAUUUAUUGUCUCGGCGAACUGAAGAGAGAAUUGGACGGGUAUCGUCAGGGAAAAAAUAAGCUGAGAGCUUCAUAGUGCUACAGAGUAAGAGAGUUGUAAUUAUAAAUUAUAAUUCCAGUAAAUCAACUAACCAUCAAUAGUUCACUUCUAAA